AUGGAUGCUCAAGAGAUUAUUCGUGAAGAUAUUCGUCGAAUUCGGGGUGAAAUUGACCGUGUCUCCUGUGAACGGGAUGAAAGGGCCCUUUCUGAGGCUCGCGCUGCUGUGAGUUCUCUAAUGGAAGGACGCUACAAUGGAUCUUCCCUUUACUAUACUCUGUGUUGCGCCGUGCUUCCACUCGUUCUCUGUAUUGGCUUUCUCUUACUUUACGCAUCUGCAAAGAUGUUGAAUGAACGUUUGAAGCGAAGACAACUAUGGAGACACGUGUGUGAAGCCUCCGUCGUAAAGGCAGAACUUAAUGUACGUAAGUUAAGUCAUGCCUCACGGCGUGCAUCUCGUAGACGAGCAAUCUUCGUUGUGGUGAUAAAGUGUAUUGUGGCUACCUCCGUUCUCUUGAUGUUUGUGGGAUCACGACUUAUGAUGGAGUUGACAUUUCGUUCUUGGCUAAAAGGAUUAUUGUUAACACCUGUCUCCUUCACGGAUCCUGCCGCAGCCACUGCCGCUGAAUUCACCACAGACACAUGGCAACAACUCUAUCUUGAUAUCAUGUCACUUUUCAGUAUUGAUUGGUUCAAAGAUAUUCAAGGGUUAAUCAUUUUCUCAUCUAUUGGAUCAGGUCUAAUGGUACUUGGUCUGCGAUUACUGCACUCCGCCAGCAAUGAUGCCAUUGCCCUUAACACACGCUCUACUUCCUCAUUAUAUCUUAUGCAGAAGGUGGACGACAGAUACGCCGCAAAGGGACAGGAACUCAUGCAAAAGCAGAUUUCAGAAAUGGUGGCGAUGCUAUCCGAAUGCAUGCAUCCACAGGAAAAUGGGCAAGGCAUGAAUAACCACAAUGCGGUGGAUCAAGGAGAGGAAAAGGUGCAACAGAUUAAACCAAACAAGGAGGAGGAGGACGACGACGAGGAGAAGAAGAAGGAGGAGGAGGAGGAGGAGGAGGAGGAAAAGAAAAAAGAAUAA